UUUUCAAUCACAGAAUGCAAUCAUGAGGCACAGAAGUGGGCCACAAUAUACAAGAUCUCUGUUGGCAUAGCCAAAGGCCUUGAUCAUCUCCACUCUGGCCCUGAAAAGCCAAUAAUUCACGGCAAUCUCAAGUCGAAAAACAUACUCCUCGAUCGCCAUUUUCAACCUCACAUCUCAGAUUCCGGUAUACACCUUCUCCUGAACCCGACUGCUGGCCAAGAAAUCCUCGAAUCCUUAGCCUCUCAGGGCUAUAAAGCCCCUGAGCUGAUCAAAAUGAAGGAGGCUUGUGAAGUGACUGACAUUUACAGUCUUGGGGUAAUCUAUCUUGAGUUGCUUACUGGGAAGGAACCAGUCAAUGAGAACCCGACAACACCGGAAGAGGAUUUCUACUUGCCGAAUUUCUUGCGAAACGCGGUUCUUGGGCACAGAAUUGCGGACUUGUUCCAUCCGAACAUACUUCUCACCAGUUCUGGCACUGAUGAUGAACAAGUCCCGGUUAGCGAAGAGCGGAUUCUCAAAUUCUUUCAGCUCGCAAUGGCUUGCUGUUCUCCAUCACCUUCUCUGAGACCAAACAUCAAACAGGUUCUAUGGAAGCUGGAGGAGAUAGGAAAAUGAUGACUUGGUCAUGAAGAAAAUUUCUCUUCUUCAACAUCUUCAUGAUUCAACAAGACAUGAAAAACAACAACAAGAUGCUGCUGACAAUUUACGUGUACAGAUAGGAAAACCAUAAAAUGUGGAAAGAAAGAAAGGAAUAGUCUUGAAGCAGAAAAGGUUGAAAAUUUUGAACACCCAACAAGGGAAUUGUUGGAUUCUUGAUGUUGAUGUUUACUAAGGAGAGGUAAAACACAAAAGGGUAACAGAAACAAAUGUGACUCACUCACUUUAGCCAUCCAAAAAAGUCCAUAGAACAUGUUAAUUGGGUUGUUUUGUUUGUCGGGAUUUAAGAUCUCCCUAUUCUAUUGGCAAGGGAUCAGAAGCGUGAAAUGGUAAAAUUCCUUGGUCCCAACUUUUUUGGCCAAGUAGUGUUAGCUCAAGCAUGAAGUGGGAUCUUUUGGCAAUUUCUCAAAA